GGAAUUUCCUGACAAUAGAUUACAUUAUCUAUCUCGUUCCAUAUAACCAGAUCUCAUACUUACACUACAUCUGUCAUGGACAUCCCUACCGCGACCAUUCAAGGCAUCACAAUCGAUGGGGCGCUUUUCAGCUCAGCAGCACAGCUCGCUUCCGCUCAGAAAGUACUUUCUACCGCCACGGCUACCAAAACCAUUGCUUCGCUUUCCUCUGUUGUUUCCGAUGCCUCUGUGACGCUCGCCAUCAUCUCAGAAUUGAAGGUUGCUGCUACCGCCACUGAUUCCUCAGUCUCAGCCUCAGCCACGGCGGCGAUCCUGUCGCUUAUCGGCGGUGCUGACUUUUCUCUCUACUAUUACGUGCCUAGUCUCCCGGGUAAUUUGAUUUUGCUCAUCAUUUUAGGGUUGGUACUCGGGAUCCAGUCGCUUUAUACCUUGAAGUACCGCCAGUUAUGGUACUGGACAUGCCUCUGGCUCGGUAUCGCAUUGGAAUUCGCCGGCUUCGUCGCCAGGGUGGUGUCGCACUUCCAGCCUUUCAACCAAAGUGCUUACUUGUGUCUGAGUAUUUGCGUGACGGCCACUACCCGGUUCAUCUUGGCCGCCUUUUACUGUAUCAUGGAUAUACUGGUUAUCGUUUACGGUGAACAGUUCUCCGUCUUGAAGCGCUUCCGCUACUCCAAAAUAUUUAUCAACAGUGAUUUAGUAACGGUCAUUAUCCUGAUGGCGGGCGUUGGGACUGCCUAUUCCUCGAUUGUUAACGGUGAUUCGUCCAAUACUGGUACGGACCUAUUUAUUGCGGGUCUUGGGUUCCAGGUGGGGUCGUUAUCCAUUUUCAUUGUCCUCUGGCUAAUCUUCUUCUGGCGCGUCCACAAGGCCUCCAAGUUUGCCGAACCGGGAUAUAACCCAAGAUUUCAACACUUAAGCAGCACUUCUGCCAUGAAGAGAUUCCCAGCUUAUGCCUUUGUAGGGAUUGUCUGCAUGUAUGUGCGUGCAAUUUUCAAGGUUGUGGAGUAUUCGGAAGGCUGGACCGGGUACUUGAGGGUUCAUGAACCAUACUUUCUUGUUUUGGAUGGUCUUAUGGUAGUGAUCACUGGGAUUGUGAUGUCGUUUCCAGGUGGGUACCCCGGUAUUAUUGUGCGUCAUGAUGUUUCAGUCAAAAAUAAGAAGAUAAGGUGGAUAUUCUAUGAGUUUGAGGAGAUUGCGGGAAAGAACAUCGAUAUGGAAGAGUCUCCUUAGGGGUGUACUGUUUACAGUGUAUCUGUUUAGACUUUAUUGGCAUAUAUUCUAUUAAUUUUUCU